AUGAAUGCCAGUUGGGCACGACAGGGGAUAACUGUUGCUGGUAGCGAUGGACAUGGUAAUGACGCCGAUCAACUCGAUAACCCUCUCGGUCUCUUCGUUGAUGGAGAUCAAAUGAUCUUCAUUGCUGAACAAUGGAACCAUCGUAUCCUCCAAUGGAAGCUAGGUGAUACAAAUGGACGAAUAGCAGCUGGUGGUCAUGGUAAAGGAAAGCGAUUGAAUCAAUUGGAUCAACCAACCGAUGUGCUGAUCGACAAAGAGACUGAUAAUCUUAUUAUCUGUGACCAAGGAAACCAUCGUGUAGUACGAUGGUCUCGUCGUAGUUUGACCACUAAAGGAGAAAUUCUCCUUGAUGACAUCAAUUGCUACGGGUUGGCCUUGGAUGAUCAUAGAUGUCUCUACAUAUCUGACGAGAUAAAACAUGAGGUAAGACGAUAUCAUAUAGGAAACAAGAAUGGAACUAUUGUAGCCGGUGGUCAUGGCGAAGGUGAUGGUCUCAAUCAACUUAACCAGCCGAGUUAUUUAUUUGUUGAUCGACAACAAGCUGUCUACGUGUCAGACACCAAUAAUCAUCGUGUAAUGAAAUGGAAUAAAGGUGCAAAAGAAGGUAUUAUCGUCGCUGGGAGCCAAGGAAAAGGACAGAAACUGUCACAACUAACGUCUCCUAAAGGAUUGUUCAUCGAUGCGUUGGGUACCAUCUAUGUAGUAGACAAUGGGAAUAGUCGAGUGAUGCGUUGGCUUCAAGGAGUAAAACAGGGCACUAUAAUUGUGGGUGGAAAUGGUCAAGGAAAAAAAGCGAAUCAGUUGAACAAUCCCAACGGUUUGUCCUUCGAUCGGCAUGGUCAUCUCUAUGUCGCAGAGACUUGGAAUCAUCGAGUACAACGUUUUUCUCUCCAAGGUCAGUAUAGCUGUGGGCAUGGGUAGUGUAAUCUGAAGUGCAGAUGUUCCUCUGUCUCUUAUUAUAUCUUCGAGUGUCGUACUCGCUCUGCCAACCAUACUCACAACAUCUUAAGGAUUCUUCGACUACUCGACUUCGUGAAGUUUCUCUCAUUGCUGCAAUCCCUUCGGAUGCAUCAAUGCCUUUACUUCGUUGAAUUCAUUUGAAUUGUGAGGAUCCUUCAUGCGUAUCAGUUUUUUCAUUAUCUUCAAAUUUUCAAAAGCUUUAGUUCUUCAAAUCCUUCGUGAAAUUAUUUAGAUCGUUCCUGAUAUAUUUCAGAUGUAUGGCAGGCUCUUGAGAUUCUUCUCAAAUCCAAUGUAUCUUCAUCCAGAUGCUUCGACUUCGUUAGUUGAUUCUUCGCAGGCCCUUUCUCAGAUUAUUUCGCAGAUCGCCUAAUCCUGUCUAAGGUGUUGUAGAUCUCGCCUGGCAUUUUUUAGAGUAUCUAUAUUUUUAUUACUGUAUGUGAUCGUCUUCUUUUUGAAUGACUUGACCUAAAAAACAAUGCCGCAAAGAAAGAAAAGAAUCCAAAAAUAUGAAUAGAACAAAAAAGGCAUCGAUAAGAACGGAAUGUAUGAUGUUAUAUACUGUAUAUGCUUGUAGCAUGUCUCUCCACCGACGAAAAUGUGGGCCCACAGACAUUCAACCAUUAAAGGUAAGAAGAAACAGAGAAAAUAGAAAAAAAAAGAAAAUGAACAAACAAUAAAGAUGCCUGUAUGAAGAGAGUCAUAAAAGAAAGACAAUAAUCGAAUAAAUUGAAAGCAAGAAGAUAUGAUGCGACCACGCUAGAUGAAGAAAAUUGUGCGAUGUUCAUAUAUGUAGAAUCUGUUUAACGGAAGAUAAUGAAUUACGACGAAAAAGGUUCUUAGGAAUUACAAUUGAUGAAAAAAUGCUGCUAAUUGAUUCUGUUUGGGUGACAGUCGAUGAAUUUUCAAUGAAAAUCUGUAUUCAACAAUGCCAAUUUUCUUCUCCAAUUAAAUGAUGAGAUUCCAUUUAAGAGAAGUAAGCCAGUGUUGAUGUGAAGCCCAACACGGAAUUUUUAAAUCGCGAGUUCAGCAUAAUAUCCAUAGGUUGAAUAAUGGCAUAGAUCAAACAUGUUUCGGAAGAACGAAGUGUUUCGAUUGCUUUGACAUAUAACAUUAAAUCAUCAAUACCAUCGGAAAAAAAUGACGAAUAAUGCGCCAUUGUGAGCAGAAACGAUAUUGAAAACAGAAAUGAAGAAAAAAAAGUAAGAUAUGUGUCUAGCAGUAGUAAGAAUCGGUUACAGUAACGAUUACUGGAUUGGAUUAUUGAUUACGAUUCUGAUGAGAGUGAUGAAUUGUUCAUUCGAAUUUGUUGCUUCAAUAUAAGUCAUUGUUGAUAUUCUUUAGAAAUGUGUGUACCAUGUGAUUGUUAUUUCGGGUGUUUGUUGAAUUUAUCGGAAUCGAUCAUAGUGCGCAAUAAGGUGCGCAAACGUAUCAGUGCUUCGUCGGAACCGCUCUUAUGUUGAUCUUAUUGUUUUACUAUAAGUUCCAUGAGAAGUUUCCUUGUAAACAAUUGUCGUUGUGGUUUGAUUUCAACAGUGCUAUAUGAUUGGAUCCAUCUGGCCAAACUGCAUUUGAUUUCGAUGUCGUGUUAAGGCUUAACAAAGGUCAUAAUUACGCAUCACACAAAUACUCGCUUACAACGUUUAGGUGUUCUUCAAGGAAGUCGACUGCUUGCUCACGUUCAGUUGGAAGGUAGUUUCAUUGAGUCGUGCAGAACUCGAUUCAGUUAGCUCGUCGAAAAUAACGACUUUAUGAGAUUGAUCAGAAAGAAAACAAUUAUGUUCGGAUUCCUUUAGGUCAAGAAGCGUUUUUUCUUGGUUGUGCCGAUAUUCACAACGAGUGCAUUGUCAACCGAGUGAUUUCUCGAUUUUCUUCGUUUAAACCACUUCGGCGAAUAGAAACGAGUUUUUCCAGAGAAUUUUUUGAGACAUCGAUGUUCUUAUAUGUCGGCAAUGUUUUUAAUCUAUUCAUCGACUCGGUGAGCUACAUAGACAUGAUCUUGUCAUAAUAGUAAAAAAAACAAACGACAGUUUAUUCCGUGAUACAAUGAAGCAGGUGUACGCUCUUCACGACAACGACUUCUUUCAGUAGUUGUUUCGAGACGGUUUUGGCGCGCUUCUGAAUCAAUUUAUCAAGGAUAAAUGAACAUGUUAUAUUGAUACAUGUAAGCACAGUCGAAACAAAAGACGUCCGAUGUGAAGACAGUGCAUUCCAUAAUGAUCAAUCGAUGUUGGGAUUCGUUUGUUCAGUCAGUCAAAUUUCAGUAGUUUUGAUGUCAAUAUUAAUAAAGUGGUUCAAAAAUUUUCUUCGGAUAGAUAGCAGCAAGAAAGUCGGUCACGAUAUCAAAGUAUUGAAAUAUCUAUCUUUUUACUUACUCUAUGAUGGUUUUCGUCUCGAAUGAUUCUAUCCCAGAAAAAAUGAUGCGGGGAAAAAAAUAAAAGAAACAAACAACGUGAACAGAACAAUAUAGAUAUCUAUCCGAACCAAAAUACGUAAAAGCAUAUGAUGUAUAUGGCUGUCACAGCAUCCUUCUGAUAUUCUGUGUGAUGUUUCUUCAGAUUCUUUACCAACUCUUUUCACAGAUUCUACUUGAGCCUACAUAUUUCACUUAAAGAUCUAUUCGAAUUACAAACAGCAAUGCCUUUUGUCUUACAGGCUCAUGAAGUUUAUUAAUCUUCUGAAGUGUCAAUUUCUUCAGCCCACGCAUUUUGUGAAAUACCCUCUAAGAAGGGUGCUGAAGCUUAUAGGAGUAGACAAUAGGAGUCGCUCUCCUCACGGAUCCUGACAGACGCUUUCAGAAUCCUUUACAGAAUAUGGCAGACUUUGCUGACAAGCGAUCAAAGAUUUUAUGUCAUUAACAUGUCAUCAGAACACAUCAACUGCUAUUUUCUUGAAGAUUAGAGGAUCCAGUUAAAAAUAAUGAAGAAUUGUGUGGCGAAAUAGAUCAAAACAAUUUUCAU